UUGAUAUCGCCUCAAAGCGCGCGCGGGGGCCCGCGUCGCCUCUGACUGACGGCCGAUCGGCGCUCUCACGGGUGUCAUUGCUCCACUCCCCUCCCUCACACACACACUUGCCAUGCAGGAGGUGUAACCCUCCUUCCUCUUCUUCCCUUGUGUGCCAUCGGAAGAAACCCGAAACAGAAAAAGAAAAAAAAAAAAGAAAAAACACUCUACGUGUUUACAAGUCAAGAUGUCAGACCCAGACCCCUCCUCGCCGGUGGACCCCCCGCUGCCACUCCCCUCCCCGCGCACCCCACUGCAGCUCUCCUUCCCCUUCCUGAGGGAGGGCAGCCGGGUCUGGGAGCGGGAGAGGAAACCGCCACAGCCUGGAGAGCUGCCCAGCCCACUGCCCACCAAACGCACCAGGACAUACUCAGCGACAGUGCGAGCCAAAUCAGGUCCAGUAUUUAAAGGGGUGUGUAAAAACUUCUCCAGGUCUCAGGGUCAUGGAUUCAUUCGUCCUUCUCACGGAGGCGAGGACAUCUUUGUCCACAUCUCUGACAUUGAGGGAGAGUACGUGCCUAUGGAAGGGGACGAGGUCACGUACAAGGUGUGCCCCAUCCCUCCCAAGAACCAGAAGAUCCAGGCUGUCGACGUGAUGAUCACCCACCUGAAUCCGGGCACCAAGCACGAGACCUGGUCAGGUCAGAUCAUCAGCUCCUAGACCAGUGCUUCAGGCCGCAGGGGUGGAAAAGGCCUUGGAAAGGAGCCGGAGGGAUAUGGAUUUAAUUAAUGUUUUCGUGCUGUGAGGUUUGGGACCAGGUCUGAGGAAGAGGGAUUAGAGCUUGGCGUAUGUUGAGGGUCGGCCUGAGGUGGCUUGGUUAUGGGAGGGUGUUGGUGAACGUUUGAGCAUAAAGGCUAGGGUCAGAAAUUAAGCUCUGAGUGUAUAUGUUUGAAUGCUUUCCUUUGAAGGUCACGGUUUCAUCGUUUGGGUUGAAUGUUUUAGUUGAGGUUUUAAAAGUUAGGGUUGGAAAGUCAGGGUCCAGGGCUCGGUCCUAGCAUUUUUACUUUGACCUAGGGAACAUAUUUUAGCUGGGAAAUCAGUGGUUGUUUGAAAAGUGGUGUCUUUGAAGAGUUGAGCUGCCGAGGAUGGGUUAGAGGCCAAAAUGCAUUUUGAGUAAAUUUGAAACAAUGUAGCCAUAUAUGUAGACACGGCUCCAUGAACACGCUACUGAAGGGUUUCCUUUCUAAAGGGACCAGCGCAGUGGAGGUCUGAAUUUUGCUCCCACUUUAAUUUUUUCAUUGUCCUCUCAACUGAUAUAAAUUGCGGGGGCCGCCACUGCCAAAAGUCUUGUGUCUAACACCUGUGAGUCUUUGUUUACAACAACAGAGGGAGACUUUGAUAGUUUUCACCAGUACAACAAGGAUUAAAAGGGAAAAGAAAACUUUUGUAAUAGCCUUCUCUGUUGUUUAGCCUCAGGCUCGGCUUAUCGUGAAAGGAACAGCCCGUUAGAUCUGCCUUCCUCUCACUGCCUUCAGAAAAUCAAAGCAUUUUCAAGGUUGUUUGACGUGCCACAAACACUACCAAAUGAGUAUACCUACAGAAGUAAGUAAGUCUGACACACAUUCAAUUCACUCUUAAUGUGUUUCGGCCUCAAGAGCUAUGAUACACUCCACGUGUAAGGAAUUAUUUUCCUUCUUAAUAUUGUAGCACUACUGUAUUUUGCCUACUUGGCAAGUGUAGAAAACCAGUAUUAUUGUAGCCAACUCCUAUGACGGUCAUACGUUUCCGUGGUAGAGACAGUAGAAGGAUGUUGUGUGGGCCUGCCACUGGAAAACUAGGCCAGAGGGUUUGGGGUGGGGGAAGGAAACUGGAGAGGGGAAGAGUAUUGGGGAACGGGCAGAGGAUGGAGUGAUUAUCUGUAAAUGGACUUGAGCACAGAUGCAGCUAGAUUUGAAAUGGUAUAAAGUAUGUCUAAAGAGGAAGACCAAAUGAAAGUCAGCAGUUCUCAUCCUAUGGAUUGUCAGGUUAACUUAAAGGAGCUAAAGGAAUAGUUGGACAUUGUAGGACAUAUGCUUACUUGCUUUUUUGGCAAGUGUUAGACGAGAAGAUCGAUCUUCUUGUCGGGAUGUUGGCAAGAAAGUGAAUGAAAGCAUAGUUCCCAAAAUGUCGUAUUAUUCCUCAGAAUUACUUGUAAUCAAGAAGGAUAAGGUUUGGAUGGCCAGAUUUGAUCGCGGUGAUUAAUGACUUCCUGUUGUGAAAUACAGUAUUUGCCUUCUUCAGGCUUUCCUUUUUUCUUCAGAAUAAAGUCAUACAGGAAAACAAGUAUCAAGAUAUCAAAUUAGAAAGAGGAGGGUCAAGCUGAGGAGGAUGAACUGCUGACUUUUAGGUUGAAGGCUCAGCAAGUCUAAUACAUCACGGCAAACGACGGUGACAAAAUUAAAAAAAACAAACAAAACAAAAAAACAGCAGCAAAAGCUUCCUGAUGUAAGUUUUAAAAACUAUUUAUUUAUUGACUUAUUUAUUUUCAUUUGUAACUAUGAGAACAUCAGGUGUUUGGUAAUUAAAAGCUGCAUUUAUACUGUAAGUAUUUGUGCAAAUCUAAGCCUGUUUGAAUACACUGCACACCUCACUCUAAUGAUGCUACCCUGUAAAAAUCCCUUUGCUACUGUCACGUCAACGAAAGGGCAAAAAAAAGAGAAAAGAAACCUUCAACCUUUCCAAAAAUACGUUUCUAAUUUCUACAUAAUCCUUGUCUAAUUUUUAAUAACUGUGUGAUGUUCAAAACCACAAGCAGUCUUGUGGUUUUGGAAAUCGGCAUGUUGUGUACUGUUUGUCGUAAUUUUUUUUACGUAGAAUACGUCGAUUUGGUUUCGUCAUGCAGUAACCGCGUCGGAGCCUUCAGAGAGGCAUCAUCAGGUCUCCGAUGCAUCUUUGAUUUGAGUGGGGCUUAACAUCAUAGUUACACACUGUAUCUGUCUGGUUUCAUUAAUGUGAGAGAAACAAGUUUGAUUAUGUUCGCAAGCACUUUUAUUUUAGUCAAAUUACUGUGAUAGUCUUUAGUCAUUAAGAUAAGAUUUGAAUAAA